UUUGCUCGGCUGUGUCAUUAGGCUCAAUUUAAACGAACUUAAUUAAUUAACAUUAACUACAACCAACCUGCCUGUUUGACUCAAAUAAAGCUGCACGUGAUCUCACGUGAUUAAGUGGUCAGACAAUCCUGACCACAAUGUGACUGGUCAAGUCAUUAAUUUGACUUUUAAAUAAUAAGCCUAACUGGAAAAAAACAUGAUUUUAUCAAGAAAGAAAAGUUGAUAUUGUGUUCAUAUUUAUUGAGGAUUUAAAUCUGCCACUGAUGGAUUGUAUUUGCCUGAAAGGUAAGCGGCGCAAGAGUAAGGAGGUGAGGAAGGUGCACCCCCCUACCCCAGGGGGCACGGCGUCACACAGCUCCAUGCAGAAUGGCGUACUGCCUAAGGUCACCAGUUCGGGACUGUGGAUGGACAAGCCUGGUAUCUACACUACCUCCCCGUCCCCGGCCUACUAUGUGGACCACAAUAACAGGGACAUGAACCACAAGAGAGACGCCCCGCUCCACCUUCAGAGGGCCACGUCGGAAAUGAGAAUACCCCAUCCGAGUGUUACCUACUACCCUCCCCGACCAAUGUACUUCAUGCCGGGACCUCAGCGUAUCUACCACAGCCAACAACUGCAGCCAAAUUACUACAACCUGCCCCCAAUGGGGGUGGAGUCACUCGAUGUCUACCAUUCCAACUCUAAAAGUAGCCUCAACGGCGGUCCCAUGAGAUCCAAGGUGUCCGAGAGCAAGCACUCGCCCUACUACUACAACGACAACGUCAAACUCACCAACCGCGUGGAGCGAUCCCAGAGCGACGUCCACCGGUUCGUCCACAGCAGCAGCAGCAGCCGGCAGCCGGCUAAACACGACACCGGCUCCUCUCAGGGCAACCAGAGCCAGACCUCCUCCAAAGACAGGUCUAACUCCCAGAAGUCCCUCAUCAGCAAUGAUAAACAGACCGGGGUUAAAGGUCGUCAGGUUGAAGAGGUCAAUGGAUCGUAUAUCAACAAAGGCUUCUCGCCUGAAGCCGGGAUCUCCAGAAACUCCUCAACCAAAGACCACGCCCCGUCAAGCGUCAUCGCCCUACCCAAGGGCCCGCUCGGGAUGGUUUCGACCUACGUCUCAAAGAACGACAUCAACGAAGGUUCGGCCACCGACAGCAUCAAGCUGCUGGCUAAAAACAAAACCGACGACCAGAAGACAUUCUCGCCCUUCUCGCUGAAAGACGCGCCGAAAGACGAUUUCCCUGACCUGACCGAAGUUGAAAACGACCUCGACUUCCAACGCUACAAUUACCAAGGCAGCGUCUACACCAAGCCCACCAAAUCAGCGCUGAUUAUAGAAGACAACGAAUCCUCGGGGAAUCCCACGCUGAAACGCAUGAACGAUAUGGUGCUGGAGAAACUCCGCCCCAACAACCCUCUGCCUCCCAACGCCACCACGCAUGUCACUACGACAACGUCCUACGAAAACGGCAUCUACCAAGAAAUAAAAACGGUCACGAAAACGACAAAAUCUGAGGUUAUAGAAACAGUGGUCGAAGACGAAAUCGAUACGAAAGAAAUCAACGUCUUCAAGGACAUUGUCGAUAACCUAGUCCUGCCUGAUAUUUCUGAUGUGGUGGACAAAAACACAGGAUCGAAACCAUCCAAGCCGCCCGGUAUCCCACACAGUGUUCACCACCACGCCUUGAGCAGCGUGAAGGAAGAGGUGGCGACGCCGUCUAGUCUCAGCAUUACGAAUGACUCUGAUGUUGUCAAUCAUGUGGCGGAGGGCGUCGAUCACGAUGCUCUGGUGGACGAUGUAACGACAGCAGGUAAAAUCACAGACACGGCUUUCGAGUUUUUAGACAACUACUUGAGUGAGGAUGACGGAGGGGAGUCGGUGGUUGACCACGGGCCGUACUCGUCACAUGUGUCACACGUUGAAGGUAUGGUGAAUUGAAAACAAGCCCCUUGUGGGAACUCAUCAUUGGAACCUCACUGUUUGAUGCCAGUGUCAACUAGUGAAGGGAGAUAAUUUCGGCCCUGAGAGGGCAGCUGUUUAUGCAAAUUGACGUUGUGAGCCUGCGCACUGUGAUAGCAAAAUGUUGCCUACCGAAGGGAACAAACUCCUGCGACACUUUGUCUGAUGAUGCACCGUGAAAGUGAUAAAUAUAUAAAAUAAUCACUAGCCUUUAUUAACCCAAGGGCCAAGCUAAAGGGCGAUAACAACUUAUUUGUUAUGAACUAUUUGAUUCAGAACAAGUUGAGUGGACUCCCUUGUUGAAAGAAAAACUUAUUUCCAUACAUUAAAUGAUAUUUUUACCUUUUAUCAAACAUUUUAUAUAAAUAUUUAAACAUCGACGUUCCUAUACUCGACCAUAGUUCAGAUUUUAAUAUAGAAUUAAUUAAACCCAAAAGCAUUAUUAAUUAAAUUGUCUGUUGUUAUAAUACUAUUUAUUUUAUGUUUUACUAUUAGGUUAUGUGUGUAAGGUUGAUAAUAUUACACAAAGACUUCUUUUUAUAGUCUCACAUUGUGUACUUUGUUAUAGUUACACAUAAUGUUAGCCUUUCUUGUGGUUUGUAAGAAAGUCUAAUGCAAGAAAUAUAAACUCGUGCCUUCACACAUUACUAUUAAUGAAUCUAUGAACUCAUAAACAUAUUUUAAUGAACCUAUGAACUCAUAAACAUAUUUUAAUGAACCUAUGAACUCAUUAAUAUAUUUCCUCAUUAAAAGUCAACACUGAUAUUAAUCUUCAUUUUUCACAUGUGUCAAUGUUUAUAUUUAAAUGAUUACUUCACUGAUGUAUUAACAUGUGUUUCGAAUAUUACUGAAUUUAUAAGCAAGUUUGACUUAAUAGAAUAUUGUAAAUAUUGUUCAUGCCAUUUACUUUCAACAUGUAAGCAAUGUGUGUUAUUUAAGUGUCUACUUAUUCUAUUGUCUUCCUAGAUCAAGCAUUUAGUGUUUGUACUGUGCACUUCAUAUAUAUAUAUAAGUAUAUAUAUAUAUAUAUGUAUAUAUAUAUAUAUAUAUAUAUAUAUAUAUAUAUAUAUAUAUAUAUAUAUAUGAUGGUUGUUAGAACGUUAAGUUUUCGCUGUACAAUAGCUGUACAUAUUGUAAGACAGCUGUUGUUUAUGGGUUCUUAGAAGAUAGGAAGGGUCCUAACCCCAUCCCUUCCCCAACAUUCCAACCUACGUGAUAUACAUAUAUAAUUUAUAUAAUUAUAUAU